CGCACAUUCAACCACGAAAAAAAAAUUCAAAAUUAAGCGAACAAUUAAUUUAGAAGAAACAUAAUUGAUUUUGCACUUAAGUACGCAAUUUUAUUGGUAAAUAAUUGCAAAAAAACGCAAUAAUAAUCAUGCGUUGGCUGCAUUGAAUGACAGUGCGGCCAACUCAACGAAGCAAAAACGUAAUAAAAUCACCCAUUUUUUCACGUUUUGUGGCAUUGGUAAGCCCCUUAAGUACAUUUGCCCCCUUUUGGCACGUCGUGCGUCCCCCGAGACCACUUUUUAACCACCCUGUCGUUGUUCGCGACCCUAACCCCAAAAUGUCAAAGCUUGAGCCCCUUCAAACUUUAUGCAAGCACACGGGGCGCGUUUGGGACGUGAGUUGGCACCCGAAGGGGCAAACGUUCGCCUCGUGUGGCGAAGACAAGACCAUCCGAAUCUGGUCGAAAGACUCGGACUCGAAGUGGUCGAAUAAAGUAAUUCUAACCGAUGGCCACAAACGCACAAUUCGGGAAAUUGCGUGGUCCCCCUGUGGCAAUUACCUCGCCUCGGCCUCCUUUGACACCACUACGUGCAUUUGGGACAAGAAAUCGGGCGAGUUCGAGUGCAAUGCCACUCUUGAGGGGCACGAAAAUGAGGUUAAGAGUGUUUCCUGGUCGAAGUCGGGGCGAUUUUUGGCCACUUGUAGCCGUGACAAGUCGGUUUGGAUUUGGGAGAUUGCCGAGGAGGAUGAGUAUGAUUGCGCGGCCGUGUUGAGUGCGCACACACAGGAUGUGAAGAAAGUCGUGUGGCACCCACAUGACGAUAUCCUCGCCUCGGCCUCCUACGACAACACGGUUAAGUUGUUCAAAGAGGACCAGUCAGACAACGACUGGGUUUGUUUUGCCACCUUACAGGGGCACGAGUCAACGGUUUGGAGCAUAAGUUGGGACAAAACGGGGACAAGGAUUGUGUCGUGUAGCGACGACGCCACGUUGAAAAUCUGGCAAAAGGGCCAAAAUACGGAGGAAACGUGGAAAUGUGUGUGUACCAUGUCGGGGUACCACAACAGAACCAUCUAUGACGUGUCUUGGAACCACUCAAGUGACUUGAUCGCCACCGCUUGCGGUGACGACGCUAUCAGAAUUUUUAAAGAGGAGGAAGGGGGCGACUUAGAGGCCCCCACGUUUAGCCAAGUCACCUGCAUUGAGAGGGCGCACGCCCAGGAUGUCAACUGCGUCGCCUGGAACCCCCUUCUUAGUGAUAUUUUAGUGUCGUGCAGCGACGACGGGGAAAUUAAAUUGUGGAAAUUUAUCCCUGAAUAAAAUUGUUUGACGUU